AGACAAAAAUGCUUUGUGGUUCAAAAUAAGGCUCACUGUUCACUUUGUUGUUGCUUUUCAAGAAGGAACGGUGUCUUAUUCUAACACAAAGUGCUUCUGGUUAAUUAAUGACUCAAAUUUUGAAGAAUUUUUUGUAGAGUUGGAAAAAUCAUAGGGAUCAUGGCCCACAAGUUUCUUUGAGGUGGCAAGAUCCUAUAUUCAUGUCUUUUUUUUUAUUUUAUUUUUUGAAGUUUUUUCUUUGGCAAUAAUGAAGCAUUAAAAUGAAUUAAUCCAUGUUCAUGCAUAAAGAAAAAGUAGAGUGAAAUGGAGCCAUUAAAUCAAAGGUCUACUACUCCUCUUGAGAGAGUGGUUUCUCAAAGAGCACUGCAAAUGAGCAAUUCCUUUACAUGUCAGAUAUGUGUUGUUGCACUUUUUUGUGGACUCUGUAUUGUUUCUUUGAUUUUGGCUAUUCUUGGUAACUUCCAGUUUGCUCACUUUUCUAUGCUUAAUUUAUCAUUCAACUCAGAUCUCAAUACCACCAUCACACACUGCUCCUUUAAACCUAAACAAAUAGAAAGAUUAACUGAUUUGAAGAGUGAUCAAGAUGAAAGAGUGUCUUUGCUUUACUCAGCUUGGAGUUGUGUGUUAACUGAACCUACAACUGAGAGAAGUAAGUGCUUAUGGAAACUUGGUAUUAGUGAGUCCAACUUGCCUAAUGCUCCACAUUUGGAAAAUUGCAAAGCGAAAUCACUGCUGCAUAACCGUCUCGACACACGUAUAGUAAAUGAUUCCUUUCCACCAUGGACAAGUAGGAAAGGAUUGUUGAACAUGCACCCUCUUGCUGUAUCUGAGGGUACUCAUCCACCCUGGAUUGCAGGGUCUGAUGAAGAAAACUAUCCUCUGACCAGAAAAGUUCAACGCGACAUAUGGGUUCAUCAGCAUCCAUCAAACUGUAGCGACCCGAAUGUCAAGUUCCUUUUAGCUGACUGGGAGAGAUUACCUGGAUUUGGCAUUGGAGCUCAAAUUGCUGGAAUGUGUGGACUUCUUGCUAUUGCAAUCAAUGAAGGAAGAGUCCUUGUCACUAAUUUUUAUAAUAGGGCUGAUCAUGAUGGUUGCAGUGGGCCGUCCCGAUCUAGCUGGAAUUGCUACUUCUUUGCAGAAACUUCUGUAGAAUGUCGCCAACGUGCGUUGGAACUCGUGAAAAUUGAGGAUGCAUUGAGUAAAGGAAUUUUGACGACAAAAGAAAAUUAUACGUCGAAGCAUAUAUGGGCAGGACCAACUCCUAGGAUAUGGGGCGAUCCGUGGAAUUAUUUGCAACCAACAACCGAUAUAAACGGAAGUCUUGUGGCUUCCCAUAGAAAAAUGGAUCGACGGUGGUGGCGAGCACAGGCUGUGCGUUACUUAAUGAGGUUCCCAACUGAAUACACAUGCAACUUAUUGAAUGAGGAGCGCCAUGCUGCCUUUGGAAAAAUGGCUGCGAAAAUGGUUCUGAAAAGUCUUAUUGGAGAAUGGCCAAAGGAGGAGAAUGGUAGAAAGCCAAAGUCUGAUAUUGAUAAAUUUGUAUGGUCCAAUCACAAGCCCUGGGUCCCAAGACCUCUUCUAAGCAUGCAUGUAAGGAUGGGAGAUAAAGCAUGUGAAAUGAGAGUGGUUGAAUUUGAAGAGUACAUGCAGCUUGCUGAUAGAAUUAGGAGUCAUUUCCCAAACCUCAAUAACAUUUGGUUGUCUACAGAGAUGCAGGAAGUGAUAGACAGAACCGAAGAGUAUUCUUCUAGGUGGAACUUUCAUUAUACAAAGGUAAGAAGGCAAGAUAGGAGUAAUGUUUCGAUGGCUGAGUAUGAAGCCAGCCUGGGAAGGGAGAGAAGCACUAAUUAUCCACUUGUUAAUUUUCUUAUGGCUACGGACUCUGAUUUUUUUGUUGGAGCUUUGGGUUCAACUUGGUGCUUCCUUAUAGAUGGAAUGAGAAAUACUGGUGGAAAGGUCAUGUCCGGCUACUUGAGCGUCAAUAAGGACAGAUUUUGGUAGGCAGACACAUAUUAUCUAUCACACUCUUAGGUUUUUUGUCAACGAAAAUGUUGACUAUUUCAAUAAUAACAGAAUAGAUUUCUAUAAUCUUAUUUUGUAAAAUGAUGUAAAUUAUUCUUAUCUAUAGAACCGUUGUACAUGCCAGUAAAAAAUUCAUCAUAUUUGCAA